GUUUUUGUGCUUAUGAUCACGUACGGAGCUUGACGUCGUGCGUACUCUGCGUCCAAAGUCUACGUCCCUUCCGGUGAUUGGGGCCUUUUUUGUUUUCCCAUAUCCGCCAUUUCAGUUUUUGAAGUUAGUUGUCAUCAGCGGCUGGUUUGUAGCAGCAUUCGUGCCUCUGAAACAAGCUGUAUGAUUGGUAGACCAGCACGCUGACCACAGACCACACCGGAGGUAUUUUUACAGCGCGGUUUUCCUCCUAUAUCUGCGGAUUGGAGCCCACACGGCCAGCUGUGGAUGUCGCCUGUUUACUGAACGUGCUCUCGGCGCUAAAGUUUUUUGUAUGAGUUGAAGGCUCCGCUUGUGGAUAACAGGAGGGAGAGCAGGGAAGGCCACGGGUAAAGCCUCGGCUUUGUGUUGGUGAUCAUGGCCGGAAGAUUUGACGCGUCGGACCGCGAGAGCUGGUACUGGGGCCGCUUGACCAGAGCGGAGACUGUGUGCAUGCUGCAGGGGCAGCGGCACGGCGUGUUUCUGGUCCGGGACUCCAUCACCAGCCCCGGCGACUACGUGCUGUCGGUGUCGGAGAACUCCAGAGUCUCGCAUUAUAUAAUUAACACGAACAGCCGAAAGCCCGAGCCAGGUUCGCCUCCCCACAAGUUUCGCAUUGGUGACCAGGAGUUUGAGUCUCUUCCCGCUCUGCUCGAGUUCUACAAAAUCCACUACUUGGACACCACCACCUUGAUAGGUCCCAUGAACAAGUCCAAAAAUCCCCGCUCCGCCCGAGGUGUGGCCAAACCCCCAGCGCGCCUGGAAGAUGAGUACGUCCGGGGGCUUUUCGACUUCCCCGGCAACGACGAGGAGGAUCUCCCAUUUCGGAUGGGGGACAUCCUUAGAGUACUGGAGAAGCCUGAGGAGCAGUGGUGGAACGCCCAGAACUCUGAAGGAAAAACGGGGAUGAUCCCAGUCCCGUACGUGGAGCAGUUCAGACCUGCGUCUCCGAGUGCAAUGGCAGGGGCUGGCGUGCCUGUGGUGCCUCCUGCAGGGAACUCAGACAGCCCUGCGGCUCAGUCUGGCGCUCCGUUGACGGGAGACCCCAGCCAGUACGCCCAGCCCACUCCCCUCCCGAAUCUCCAGAACGGACCAGUCUAUGCCAGGGCCAUACAGAAGAGGGUGCCCAACGCCUACGACAAGACUGCCCUGGCCUUGGAGGUGGGUGACAUGGUGAAGGUGACCAAAAUAAACGUGAACGGCCAGUGGGAGGGCGAAUGUAAAGGCAAGCAUGGCCACUUUCCUUUCACGCACGUGAAGCUGCUGGACCAGCACAGCGCCGAGGACGAACUGAGCUGAGGGCGGACCGCCGCUCCACCACCUGGACACUAGUACUAGACCCUUCCUCACCUCUUUUUUUCUCACCUACUCCCCCUUCACACAUCCUUCUCACUCCCCCCACCCUCCCUUUCCUCCCUGAGAUUUUAGCCGCACCAAGUACAGUUUCUGAGAAUCACCAAGAACAAAGCAGACCCUCGUCGGACCCCCUCCACCCUCAUGUGAUCCGUUUCUACUCGUAUUAAUAAUCCCCUCCUCUUCCUCGUCGUCCUUCCUGCUCUCCCAGACUGCAACACGGAAGAUGAACCUGCCGCUGCUGCUCCCCGGACUCGGCGACCGCUCCCUGUAACUCGUUCCUGCCGUGAACGGCUUAUCGACGCUCGCUCCUAAGGAGACUCCUUGACGUAGCGUUCAACCACUUCCUCUUCCUGUGUGGAAACCAGUAAUGGCUGCUGUCAUUUCUUUUCUUUUUUUUUUUUUAAAUCUUCCACUAAGGGUCACUCAGGCUGCAUUCAUGCCAGAUGGGAAAACAGAACGUUUGCUCUAAUAACAACUGGUUUCCAUGAUUUCAAAGACUUCAAAGAUUUUAGUGAUUCUACUUAAUUUUUGACAUCCAAGUCCUCAUGAAUUGGAAUAAGGAGAAAUGAUUUUAGUUCUCUUGUUGCAUCUUCAUCAUUCAUGUGAAGAUGCAGCUUCAGGAGACGUCAUGUCAGUUCCCCAUUCCCGUCUCGAUUUUAAACCUAUUUUUAAAAAGUCCUUUUAAUCUAAAUAUGCUCACAGUUCUGACAUUAUCUUUCCAUCUUUGUGUGAACUCAGAUUUCCUCAUGUAGUUCUUUGAAGUAGAGACUCGCCAAUCUUGAUUUUAAAUAACUUCACCUGCUGGCACCAACUUUAGCUGAUUCUAGCUUCUCUUUUGGAACCUUAGGAAUAAAAACAGGAUGUAUUUCUGUUCUGGCUGCCAUUUUCAGCCAUUAGAAAUUAUAUUAGGAGAAGAGAUGACGUCAUGUCAUUCACUGGAAAACGGUUUUACAAGAGAAACUGAUUAUAGUUGACAUCUUGAGUUACCUUUAGUUCAGCGAGCUUGACUAGAACAACUGUCUCAUUGUGUAUUACACUGAGUUUUCCAAAAUUCUAAGUGUAAAAACAUAGAAAUCAGUUUAUACAUUUUUCAUACCAGUUUAUUUUUUAUUAAUCUGUACAGCACUUUGAGCUGCUUUUAGUUUGAAGAGUGCUUUAUAAUUAAAAUUGAUUGAUUGUUUGAUUGAUGGAUUGGUUGAAAAGUCUGCAGUGGUAGUAUUUCUCUUUUGUCUUUGGCUAAAGACCAUGAGCCAUUUCUUCUUCUAGUGCUAGAAUCACACGUUUGUUUUGGUUGUAUUUACCCAGAAUGCCCUGUGCACUUCUUGCAUUCAAGCGGUCUCCGGUCCACUUCCAUUCACAUUAUGCAUUCAAACCUCAUCAGACUUCACUUCAACCAAACCAAGACCUAUGUUUUUAGCCAGAACAGAGUUUGCUUUUUUUGGCCCGCAUCAAAGUCUGACUGCGCAUUCACACCUCCGCAAACCAACCAGACUUCUAGGCAAACAAAUUAGAGUUUGAUUAAAGCGGACUGGUAUGAAAAAUGACAUAGCGUCUAUAACAGCUUCCACUCCGAAGAUUGGUGAUAUUUCAGUAUGCAAACCAUCAUCGGCCAGUUCUGUUUGCCUUCUGAUUUCUCGAUGCUUCUCUACUUUAAAUUUGCAUUGAUUCUGAUGAAAACGAACGGAAACCACAAAAGCCAAUCGGAGCUACUCAGAGUUUUCAUCCCCAACCUGAGGCGUGCUCUGGUUCAUUGUUGAAGGACUCCUUCCUUUCCUGACCAUGAAUGCAGCAAUAUCCUGUGUGAACCCCUGACUUUGAAGGACUGAAGCAGCAGGGCUCAUAUUCAGCAGCAAACCGUUUCCAAAAAGACAUGAAGGCAUAGACCUCUCGGUUAAAUGGAGUAUCGAACACUCAAGUCCAAACCAGCAGCUACAGUAAGAGCAACUGGAUGUAGUCGCAGCAAUGGAGAAACCGUGAGACUGUUGACGAGGUGGGGAUAAAGGCAACACUACAUUCUCUCACCUGAACCUCGCUCCACCGAUCACCUCCAACCACGCACCACCAAGUAGUCCUUUGUAGGAUACAUAGAACAUAUUGUUAUGGAAUGAUGUAACUGUGGUUCUCAUUUCAUGCUGAGUAUUGUUUAUAUCUUACUAGUUGUCUUCAUAGCUGCUUUGAUUUUAACAUUGGGAGGGCACUACAUCUCUAUGGUAGAGGAGCUGACCGACCCUCGCAUGUUCUCACUCUGCCUCCGAUGGACACAAUUGAAGUAAAACAGACUGAAUGUAGGAGGCUGCCAGUCACUCUAGUUAGAACCGUCUUAUCAUGUUAGCAUUCUGCAUUCAGCCCACUGAAUUUAUCCUACUAAAGCUGACAGCGGUGUGUCCACGUCUCGUCGUGUGUGUCAAAGGAAGGAGAAAGUGGUGUUAUUUGGUACCUGUCCUUCUUGUUUUAAAGCCUUCUGUGAACUUCUUGAGCAAGUUAGUUCUUUUUUAUUAUUUUAUUAGUUUCUUUUUUGGUCUUCUUCAUUUAAAAGUCCUGUUUAGUUUCAAGGCACAGGCCCAAGCAGACUGUAUCUUUUUAUUGCUUUACCUCUUCUUUUUCACCGUUUCUUUGAGGUUUGUAGCUCAUGAUGUUUUUUGCCCCUUUAGGAAGGCGUUUUGUUGUGACAAUCAUCAGCGCUACUAUUUAUCAUGAUGCAGACUUGUGAACAAAAGCUGAAAACCUUUAAGUGUGAUCUGUGGGAACUCAUCCUCUCCUCCUCUCUGUUGUGGUGCUGCAGCCACCUGCAGAUGGCGCUGCAGCAACAUUCGGACAGAUGGAAUCAUGUUCUGCAUGUCCUGGUGAUGGUGCAGGGGUGGAGGGAUUUCUUGGUUCCUCUGGUAAAAAUGUGUACAAUGCCUUAGAGUGCUUUCUACCCCGAGACCUUUAAUUUCAGUGUAUUUACUUGGUGGGUAGAGAGAUUCAAUGGUAUCAAGUCUGAAUAGGUAUUUUUAGUUAGUGAUAUAAGAUGACCAUGGACGAAGGUUGGCUUUUGUUAUUGCCUCAUGUUUUUAAUUAUCAUCCCAUGCGUAAUGGUUUUGUUGUCAGUCUUCCAUCAGAAACCAACUUGUUUUUAUUUAAUGAUCUGGAAAUUCACUAAACAGUCUAACAAGGAUUAUUGUGGAUGAAAAUCAGACCUAUGGCAUCACAGAUCCUCUACUGUACUUUCUUUUGUGUAUUUCCACACCCUUUAAAGAAAAUCCAAAAUUAGGGCUGAAGCGAUGAAUUGAUUAUUGAAAUAAUCGUCAGAUGAUUUAGUAAGCGAGUGAUUAACUGGAGCAGACAGUCUCAAAAAAUGUCAUUUUGCUGAAAGAACAGAGAGCAAUAAUUAAGCCACUACUGAAAAAAUAUAUAUAUACAAUUUGAGUUUAAGAUUAAAAUUAUUUUUUACAUUUUCAGAAAAAAUUUUCUACCUAUAAUUUCACAUUUUUGAGUCUUAGCUUCACCUGAAAAGAAAAACUCACCUAUUAACCACCUUUUGCAAUUCAAUUAAGCGGUUAAUCCAAAAAUUAACAGUUUAACAUUUUAAGCUAAAAAUUGUCUCUUAUUUAAAAUAGGAUUUUAAUUGUUUACUUGGAUCAUCCACAAAGAUCUAGCAGUUUCUAUGGAAACAGAAGAUGCCACUUACUGUAUGCCACUGAAGAAGUUUUAAGAUUCUUAAGUUGCGUUUCUUUUGAAGGGAUUGUUGGGGGUGAUUUUGUUAAGAGUAAAACAUCAUCCCUAACUAAAUGAAUGCACUCAAGUUAAAGGCUGCUAUUUGUUCUUAUUAUUUCAGAGCGAUCCUGUGCUGCUUCAAAAACACUGAGUUUAUUUUAAGGCUUUUUACACAUCUUUAUCAGGGGUGCUAAUAAAUGUCCACGCCUCUCUAAAUGCACCGUUUGCAUUAUGGUGCUGUCGGUCUUAAGGUGGCCCCAGACAUCUCUCUAACCUUAUUUUCUGUUCCGCCUUCGUUUAUUUUCCUUCGUUUAUUUUUUUUCCCCUGCUCUUGUAAUAUUGUAGUGACUCAGAGGAGAAACCUUUAUUUACUGCCAGCUUUUAAUACAGUCCAUUUAUCUGUGUGUGGUUCUGAUCAAAUCCGCCUUGUUUCUCUCACUCUGCAUACAGCAGGUGCUCUGCCACAUAACUCAUCAUCUAAAUUGUGUUGCCAAUGAAACCACCAAGAAGUAUUUUUUUAGUAGCCCUGCAUGACGUCAUUCAUUUCCUUUCAGAAGAAGGAAGGAGGUGGCAGAGUGCCAGUGGAAACUGUGUAAUAUCGAAAUGUGCCAUUUUAUUAUAACACUAUAUUCUUUCAAGACAAUUGAAAUUACCUUUUUAUUUUCAGUAGCAUGUAAUGUGUUAAUAUACUAGUAAAUAAACUCAAACCUAUGAAAAAUUACA